UCAACCCAAUCGCAUCACUUCAGUAAUCAUAUCACCGGUGAUAUACAAACAGCAUCCAAGGUUACACCGAGUGGUCACUGAUAGAAAAGUCGCCGGCAGGGGGGAAGAAGAGAAUAGAGAGGAAGGUAAAUGGGAACGGAGGGGGCGCGGAGAGGGCUUCCUUCGCUAAUAAUCUCUUCUUCCUCUUCGCGAGGGCAAGACGAUGGCAAGGAGAGAAUAGCCUCCGGCAUUACCGAGCUUGUAGGUUGGACACCACUGCUAGAACUGAAACAGAUCAUGAGAAAAGAUGGAAUAGAUGUCCGGUUGGUUGGAAAGAUUGAAUCAUACCAACCCCUUUGCUCCAUCAAGGAUCGUAGUGCUCUCAGAAUGAUAGAAGAUGCAGAGGAGAAGGGCCUGAUUACACCUGGCAUUACAACAUUAGUGGAACCUACUAGUGGAAAUCUUGGGAUUGGUUUAGCAUACAUAGCUGUCCAAAAAGGUUACAAGUUUAUUGCAGUUAUGCCAGCUCAUUUCUCACUUGAGAGACGGAUUUUGUUGAGAUAUUUGGGUGGCGAAGUGUCACUGACUGGUGAGAAAGAAAAUAACAACUUGAAGUUGAAUGACAUCCGUCUUCUUCCCGACAUUUGCAGUGGUUGUGAUCCUAAACUUGGGUUUCAGGGGGCGAGUGACAGGGUAGAGCAGCUGAAGGAGAACAUUCCCAAUGUCUAUGUUCUUGACCAGUUAACUAAUGCAGCUAAUCCAGAAGCACACUACACAGGCACUGGUCCAGAGAUAUGGACGGACACAGCAGGCAAAGUGGACGUUUUUGUAUGUGGUUCUGGUUCAGGAGGCACUCUAACUGGUGUUGGGAGGUAUCUUAAGAUGAAAAAACCAUCUGUCAAGAUCAUUUGCGUUGAACCUGCUGAAAAUGCUGUUAUCUCAGGUGGCAAUCCCGGAUCACACAAUAUCCAGGGAAUAGGUCCAGGUUUUAUUCCACAAAACUUGGACACUGCGUACAUUGAUGAGGUCAUUGCUGUACCCACAGCAGAAGCAAUGACUCAUGCUAGAAGGCUGGCAAGAGAAGAAGGCUUGCUUGUUGGCAUAUCUUCUGGAGCCAAUUUAGCAGCUUGCUUAAAGGUUGCAAGUAGAGAAGAAAACAGAGGGAAGAUGAUUGUGACAAUGUUUGCUAGUGGUGGUGAAAGAUACAUGAGCACGGAACUCUUUGACAGUGUCAGGGAAGAAUGUAUCAAUAUGACCUUUUGACCGGCAUUUUCCGCGGACCUUGCAUCGGAUCACCAUGUUCUACCCCAACACCAUGUGUAUGCGGUGUGUUUUGUUUUAGCUUAGAAGUGUGAUAAGAGCGUCACUUUUAUUCUUCUUGUGGGAACUCCUCUUUCAUUCUGGUUGAGUGUCGAAUAAACUUCACGUUUUGCGUGAUUUAGAUUUCGUGCGCAGCUUUA